AAAGAAGUGAAGUGAGGAGGGGUCGCAGAAGACUGGAGCUUACGGUGCUACACCAGCUCUCACUGGUUCUGUGGGACCUGGAAAACUGUCAGGACUCUGCAGUGCACCCUAGCCUUCCAAUGUGCAAAUGCAGAUUGCGGGGGCCUGUUCCCUUGGUCCCCAGCCAUAAACUGGCCCCCAGGGCAAUCGGCCGGCCGGACCUGCACGGAAUCCCACAGCUGGUACGGCAGGUCUAUCUUUCUAACUCCAGGGAAGCCUCACCACCCACCUUCUCCACCCCAGAAAGACCUAUCAUUCUCACUCAGAACCUCAAGGCAGGGCGUUGCCUUCUUAAGCUAACUCCUGACUCUGCCUGCAUCUAGAGCAGAGGACACACAAACCCCGAAGAGUGUGGGUGAGGCAGACAGCACCGUUGGACUUGAAGAUGGCCCCUUUUCAGACCAAUAAGGAUCUGAUCUCUACAGGAAUAAAGGAAUUUAAUGUUCUGUUGGAUCAGCAGGUCUUUGAUGACCCUCUUAUCUCUGAAGAAGACAUGAUGACUGUAGUUAAUGACUGGGUGAACUUGUACACCAACUAUUACAAGAAGCACGUGCUUGGGUCGCAGCAGGAGCAAGACGGAGCUCUGAAAGAACUUCAGCAGGAGCUGAGUACUUUGGGAAGCCAGUUUCUAGCCAAAUACAGGACAUUUCUGAAGUCCAAAGAGCCCCCAAGCAGUAAACUGCCUUCCUCAUAGCCGAAAGGUUCAGGGCAUCAUGUCUUAGAACCCCAAACUCUUGGCUCUGCAUUAUAUCUUCAGACCAUUCUCCUAUGAUGUUGCUGUACUUUGACAUGCCAAUAAAGACCAAUACU